AUGCCAGAUGACAAUAACGACAUUUUUGAGAUUACUGCAUUUUGUCUCCAAACCUCGGACUUAAAAGGUGUUCCUCAUGAAAUAAAAGGAAACAUAAAUAAGGAAGGAAAAGUCAUUUCAAUGAAAUGUUCCUGUAAAGCUGGCUUGGGGAGUGCAUGUAAACACAUUUUAGCAGUUUUGUUCUACUGUAGCAGGUUUGAUUUGGAAGAUUUAAAUAUCGUCUCUUGUACGGAUAAAAAAUGCAUGUGGAAUGAACCACAGAAAUCAUCGUUGGAAAAAUAUGAUCCUUGGCCUUUACAACAACACGAUUGUUUUUCAAUAAAAAAGAUGAAGAACCUCGAGAAGCAAAUCGCCUCGCCCGCUGCCGCCGUCGCAGCCGCUGCUCCCGCCGUCGCGGUGGCUGCUCCCGUCGCUACGAAGUUACCUCGCAUCUCCAUACCUCAGUUUUCUGGGCGUUAUGAAGACUGGCCAGCUUUUCGCGACCUCUUUACUUCUCUGGUGGUACGCAAUCCGUCCGCUACGUCGGUGGAGAAAUUGCACUACUUGAAGACGAGCUUGAAGGGGGAAGCGGAACAAGUGACUCGACAACUGCCGACAACGGAAGCGAACUUUGAGCGUACCUGGCGUGCUUUGGUCGAUCAUUAUGAGAACAGGAGACUCCUGGUGCGGUCCUACAUCUCCAGGUUGCUGUCAUUGACCAAGAUGAAAGGUGAGUCUGCUGCCGAGUUGCGCAAAAUUUAUCAUUGCGUGCAGACCACCUUAGGCUCAUUGGAAGGGAUCGGUCGACAUUUAGCGCGGAGUGACGAUCUUUGCGUACAGUUAAUCACUGAGCUUCUUGACACGGUAUCGCGACGCGAGUGGGAAACACAGCUUAGCCGGACGACGGAACCACCGUCUCUCGAUGAGUUACUCGUUUUCGUCAGCCAACGGAUGCGUACACUCGAGUCGCUCGCACCCGCGAAAAACGAGGCUAGCCCGUCCAAGGCUUGCUCAAGUUCUGCCCGAUCGAGGGCCGCGUUGCAAGUCCGUAAGCAGGAAAGUCAGCGAGGCCGCUGCUUUCUCUGCAAUAGUGAGCAUUACGUGCGACAGUGCGAGAAGUAUCUCGGGAAGUCGGUGGCGGAGCGCAGGCAUGAGCGUCACCACUCGACGUUGCAUGACGCCUUUGUUGCCGUCGCAGCGGUCACGGUGCACGCUACGACGCCGAGACCGGCGGCGGCUGUCGCUACGCUGAUGAUGACCGCACGCGUCCGCGUAACCGACCGGCACGGUGUUGAUCACUUUACGCGGGCUCUAAUCGAUCCUGGAGCGGAGUCAUCGCUGGUGACGGAGUCGCUGGCACAGCGACUCCGAUUGCCUCGCUCACAGGCUUCCGUGGCGGUGUUCGGAGUCGGUGGCGUCCAGACGGGUGUUGCACGCGGGCAGAUCGACUUGCGCGUCUCGCAUCGUCGAGAGGGCUCCCCGAUUGUUGUGUCGGCACUGAUAUUCCCUCGCCUGCCGCUCUACGAGAGCGAUAUGCGGGUUAACGUUUCAGGAUGGUCCCAUCUGGCGGGCCUAACUCUCGCUGACCCGGACUUCCUGAGGGCGGACCCAGUGGACCUCCUCUUGAGCGCAAACGUGUAUGCCACCAUCCUCCGGACCGGCCUGCGGAGGGGCGGACCAGGCCAGCCUGCGGCGCAGCGGACAUCACUGGGCUGGCUUCUGGUGGGGCCCGUCAGCGCGGCGGAGACUCCUUCACGUGCUCUGGCCUUGCAUUGUCGUGUUGAGGACGAUCUCACUUCGUUGGUGAGAGGAUUCUGGCAGCAGGAGGAGCUCUCGGUGGGACCGGCGCCUCUUACUUCGUCUGAACAGGAGUGUGAGGACUUGUUCAGUCAUUCACACCGCCGACAGGACGACGGCCGCUACGUCGUUCGUCUCCCGGUGGUCAAUCCGCUGCCUGACUUAGCGGCUACCAGGCGCGCUGCCUUGCGCGCCCUUACAGGGACGGAGAAGAGGUUCACUCGCGAUGACCGACUGCGCGAGCUGUACCUCGACUUCAUGCGGACGUACGAGGAACUCGAACAUAUGGUUCGCUCGGACGCCGCGACGGGAACCCGAGUGAGCUAUUUACCUCAUCAUGGUGUACUGCGUGAGGCCAGCUCGACCACUAAGCUGCGCGUGGUGUUCAAUGGCUCUACGACGGUUUCCUCCGGAGAGUCGCUGAAUCGGAGCCUCCUAGUGGGCCCGAAUCUGUUGCCUCCGCUUGUCGACAUUCUACUACGCUGA